AUGGAUAAACUUAAAUACAUACUAAAAUCUUAUGAAACAUGGGUUUCAAAAAAUCCCGAUACUGUUGGGGACUUUGAGACAACAGCAAAAUGGGCCUCAUAUUUUGUUGCAGGUCGUAUAACAGAUUCCUCCGUGGCCACAGAAUUGGUAUAUUCCCUUUCCAAUUUACUUGUAAUGUAUAAUGAUCGCAUUAUAGCCAAAUAUCGUCCAGAAAUUGCAAGCAGCAAUGAUUGCAUUGCCGAACCCACAAACAGUAUCUGCUAUCGUCUAAAGGUCAUGUUGACCACAUUAGAAUACUGUGAAGUUUUCAUUGAAAUAUCCGCCAAGAAAUUAUUUGGUAAUAAGGGUAAAUGGAUACUGGUAGCCUUCUUGCAAUGUUUGAAGGCAGCUGGAAGAUUUUUCAUUUUAAAACAUUCCACAGAACGUAUUAUUACCACACCGGCCCUGCCGGUAUUGAAUAGAAAAAAACUAUCCAAGAAAAAUAAUGCUGCUGCUGCAACAACAGCAACAAAUCAACUAUCAAUGGAUGAGCAUAGUGUCACCAUUAAGCUGAAACGUUCGGGGCGUAUUAUGCGUAAAGUUGAAGGUGCUCCACCGCUACAAUAUCGUAGCUUUAAGCUGCAAGAAGAAGUUAUGAGCGUGCCAAAACAACAUCAUCCCAAAGGGUUGUUACAGGCGGAAUAUCUCUAUAUAGCCAAGCCAUUGAUUCACCUAGCAUCGAUGGGUGUAUUUGGUGAAAAAUCCUGGAAGCAAUUAUUGGUAUCAUUGGCUGUAGAUGUGACCAGCAUUAAAAUGUAUCACAACAAUCGUCAGCAUAUGUCCAAGGAACAGCAGCGAAUACUAUCACAUCGCUGCCUCAAUUUGUGUAUGUAUUUAAUGCGUUCACCAUUCUAUGAACGUUUUACACAAUCCCGUCUUGAGGGUCUUCUUAAUUUGCUCGCUAGAAUUCCAAUUGCCAAAAUGAUGGCUGGUCCACUGAGAGAUUAUAUACCCCACUGGCAGGCAAUGUAUUUCUAUAUGUGGUCGACGUAA